GAACAGUUUUUGCGCUUAGUCCUUGACAGUCCUCCCGGGCUUCUUGCGCCCAUUGAGCUUGGAAGCUGCUCCCUGGGAGUCUGGGGUGUGCAGUGCGGACUCAGGGAGCCCCUGAGAUCUGAGCCCAAUAAACCUAUUUGGAAGAUUUUAAUCAUCAAUAACGUACAGUGUUACGAUAUAGUGGGAUAUUUUGAAAGAGUUGGAAGUCUUAUCAUGAGUUUAAGUGGUACAAAUAAUGGCAUUGGUGAUACCCAAAGGUUGAAGACAGCCUCAUCUGAUGUAAAGCAAGUACUAAAAAAUGAAACAGACUUGGAUAUUGCUUCUGAUCUCAGAAAGAAACUACAUCGUGCUAAGAAAGAAAAAUUAGAAAUAACAACUAAGCACAAUGCAGAGUUGGCAAGCUAUGAAAGCCAGAUUGCCAAGCUACGAGCUGAGGUUGAAAAAGGAGAGGCAUUGCGACAAAGUCUGGAAUAUGACCUGGCUGUUGCUAGAAAGGAAGCUGGUCUUGGAAAACGUGCUGCUGAGGAAAGAUUAGCUGAGGCCCACAGGAUCCAAGAAAAACUCUGUGCUCAGAAUACAGAGCUCCAAGGAAAGGCAAUUGAGAUUGAGAAAGACUUCCAGACUUCCCAGCAAAAAUGGAAAGAAGAAUGCAGACGGUUUGAAUGUGACUUGGAAGAAAGAGACAAUAUAAUUCAAAACUGCAAUCGAGACUAUGACUUACUUAUGAGAGAAAAAAACAGAUUAGAGAAAACUCUACAGGAUGCAUUGGAAAACCAUCAGCAGGAGAAGAAUGAGAUGGAAUCUCAUAUUAGGGAGACAGCAUUGGAAGAAUUUAGAUUACAGGAAGAACAAUGGCAAGCAGAAAGAAGAGAGUUACAGUUUAUAGUACAGGAACAAGAUAGUGCUGUACAAAACAUGCAAAAGAAAGUAGAAAAAUUAGAAGUUGAACAUAUGGACUGUUCUGAUCUUUUACGACGGCAAACAAGUGAACUUGAAUUUAGCACUCAGCGAGAGGAACGUCUUAGAAAAGAGUUUGAGGCAACUACUCUCAGAGUGAGAAAAUUAGAAGAAAAUAUUGAAGCAGAAAGAGCAGCACAUUUGGAAUCAAAAUUUAAUUCUGAAAUUAUUCAGUUACGAAUUCGUGAUCUUGAAGGAGCUUUGCAGGUAGAAAAGGCAAGCCAAGCAGAAGCUGUUGCUGAUUUGGAAAUGAUCAAGAAUGAAUUCAAAGAAGUUGAAAGUGCAUAUGAACGAGAAAAGCAUAAUGCACAAGAGAGCACUACAAAACUAAAUCUAUUAGAAAGAGAAUAUUUCUCCAAAAACAAGAAAUUAAAUGAAGAGAUUGAAGAACAGAAGAAAGUAAUUGUAGACCUUUCAAAGAAACUCCAGUACAAUGAAAAAAGUUGCAGUGAAUUACAGGAAGAACUUGUAAUGGCUAAGAAGCACCAGGCUUUUCUAGUGGAGACAUGUGAAAAUAACGUGAAAGAAUUGGAAUCGAUCUUGGACAGCUUUACUGUGUCGGGCCAGUGGACAUCAGGCAUCCACAAGGACAAAGAUAAACCUCCCAGCUUCUCUGUUGUCCUUGAGACUUUGAGGCGUACCUUGACAGAUUACCAGAACAAGCUGGAAGAUGCAUCUAAUGAGCUGAACAACAUGAAUGAUGCCAAGGAAAAGGCAUCUAAUGAACUUGAUUCUACCAAGCAGAAGAUAGAGUCUCACACUAAAAAUAUAAAGGACCUUCAGGAUAAACUGGUUGAUGGUAAUAAAGAGUUAAGUCACUUACGCACUAAAUGUGCAGACAGAGAGGCUCUAAUAAGCACUUUAAAAAUGGAACUACAAAAUGUGCUGCACUGCUGGGAGAAAGAAAAGGCACGAGCAGCCCAGUCUGAAAGUGAGCUGCAGCAGCUUUCCCAAGCUUUCCGUAAGGAUACUGAGGAAAAGCUAGCCUUCCUUCAUGCCUUGUAUCAGCACUUGAUAGCAGGCUGUGUGCUCAUAAAACAACCAGAAGGCAUGCUAGAUAAAUUCUCUUGGUCUGAGCUUUGUGCAGUUUUACAGGAGAAUGUUGAUGCCCUGAUCGCAGACCUCAACAGGGCUAAUGAGAAGAUAAAUCAUCUAGAGUAUAUCUGUAAAAACAAGUCUGAUACUAUGAGAGAACUUCAGCAGACCCAAGAAGACACCUUUAACAAAGUAGCAGAGCAGAUCAAAGCUCAAGAGAGCUGUUGGCACAAACAGAAGAAGGAACUGGAGUUGCAGUACUCUGAACUCCUCCUGGAGGUGCAAAAGAGAGCACAGAAAUUUCAAGAAAUUGCUGAAAAAAAUAUGGAAAAACUGAACCGCAUUGAGAAGUCACAUGAACAGUUGGUUCUUGAAAAUUCACGCUUCAAAAGCAUGUUAUCACAGACUCAAAGGGAACAAUCAUGCUUGCUGGCAGCAUGCGCAUUGAUGGCUGGUGCUUUAUAUCCUCUCUAUAGCCGAUCAUGUGCUCUGUCUACACAGAGAGAUUUUCUUCAGGAGCAGGUCAACACCUUUGAGUUGUUCAAAAUGGAAGUUAGAACUCUAGCCCAUGCUUUGUCAACUGUAGAUGAUAAAAAACAAGAGGAAGCCAAAAUGAAGAGGAAACCAUUCAAAGGAUUGAUAUGUGUAUUCCGGAAAGGUGUCAUUGCAGUUUUGGCUGCAAACAGACUCAAGAUUUUGGGCCAAUCAUGUUCCUCUCUUUUUACCUGGAUGGAGAGUUUCAAAGAAGGCAUAGGCAUGUUAGUGUGUACAGGAGAACCCAAAGACAAGCAUAAAUUUCCAAAACAUCAAAAGGAACAAUUACGUUGUUCGCAAGCACUCAGUUGGCUCACUAGCUCUGACCUUCUUACUGCAAUAAUCUGUUCUAUGGCAGAGUUACAGGAAGCCAUUAGUAAAACAGAUCCGAAUUCCAGGACUUGUGGGCGUUUACUUAUAGGUGCAGCCAAGAAUUCAUUUGCAAAACUCAUGGAUAAAAUUAGUUUGGCAAUGGAGAGUAUGCCUUUGCACAGUAGCAGGAGUAUUACAUAUGUAGAGAAAGAUUCCCUGGUUCAGAGGCUGGCCCGUGGACUUCAUAAAGUAAAUACAAUGGCCCUGAAGUUUGGCUUAUGUGGUCAUGUACCUAUUUUGAAAAGCACCACAUCAUUGCAGAAGCAAAUUUUGGGGUUUACUCAAAGGUUGCAUGCUGCAGAAGUCGAACGCCGCUCACUGCGCUUAGAGGUCACAGAAUUCAAAAGAAAUGUGAAUGAAAUGAAAAAGGAGCUUGACAAAGCCCAGUUCCUGCAGAUGCAGAUAAAUGAAUUUAAGCAGUCUAAAUUGAUCACCCAUGAGAAGUUUGAAAGUGCAUGUGAAGAACUGAAUAAUGCAUUACUUCGAGAACAGCAGGCACAAAUGCUGUUGAAUGAACAGGCACAACAACUCCAGGAGUUAAAUUACAGGCUUGAAUUGCAUUCCAAUGAAGAAGCAGACAAAAACCAAACUCUUGGAGAAGCUGUUAAGAGUCUCUCCGAGGCAAAGAUGGAGCUGAGAAGGAAAGAUCAAUCUCUGCGUCAGCUCAAUAGACAUCUUACCCAGCUGGAGCAGGACAAGCGUCGACUAGAGGAGAGCAUCCAUGAUGCAGAGAGUGCCCUCCGCAUGGCAGCCAAAGACAAAGAAUAUGUUGCUAAUCAUAUGAGAACAGUAGAAAAUAUGCUUCAUAAGGUCAGAGAUCAGAUCUCCCUGUCACGGACUGCAGCAAGUAGGAAUGACUUCACCCUGCAGCUACCCAAACUGCACCUGGAGACCUUUGCAAUGGAGGGGCUCAAGGGUGGGCCAGAGGUUGUAGCAUGCCAGGCUAUGAUUAAAAGUUUCAUCGAUGUCUACCAGCUUGCAAGCACGAGAAUCACAACAUUAGAGAAGGAAAUGACAUCUCAUCGAAGUCACAUUGCAGUCUUGAAAUCAGAACUUCACACAGCUUGUUUACGUGAAAAUGAAAGUUUACAAUCGACAGGAUCACGAGAUCAUUCAAAUCUCUCCAUCCCUUCAAGAACUGUUGUUCCUGCUGACACUAUUAACAUUGGGGAUUUUUUGCCUCUGAAAGCUGAGCUUGACACAACUUACAGUUUCUUAAAGGAGACAUGUAGACUUCCUGUGCCUCAUGCUUCAACAUCAUCUAACUCUUCUCCAAUGGCUAUGUCUGCUAGCACCAAAAGACCAACUCACAUUGGAUUAUGACUUUAUGAAAUAAAAAAAUUACAGGGAGAGUUAGGACAAUUAAAACUGUUUGAAGGGGGAUUUUCUUAUCAGUUGAACUUUGUUUCAGCACAAUUGGCAGUGGGUUUUUAAAAAUUGUGUGAUAUCUUGAUGUGUGCAGGUAUCUAUGUCUCCUUGAAUAAUGAAUGACCAACUCAUUUCCCCCUCUAAGUUUUAUUUAUUAUCACAGUUGCUCAUUUUUAUGUAACAUAUUUUUAAAUGUUAAAGAAUGACACAUUUUUGGUAAUUUCCCUCAGACUUAAAAAAUCAAUAAGCCAUUUUAGUCUCUAUCUAUCAAAGUUGUUUCAUACUUGUCUAUUUUAAAGCAGGACUGCAAUACUUUAAUAGGAUUUAGAGAGCUAUUUGAAAUGUAUGCCAAUGAUUCCUGUCAUUUCAUGGCAGCCCUGCCAUGGUUCACUGAGCCCCCUCUUCUCUCUUGUCAGCUCAACUGAAGACAGGCAUUUAGUUGCAAACUUUAAGCAGGUUGUGCAAAACAGAAAUGAUGUGGCUGCUUCUCCUCCUGCACAAUAAUGUCACUCCUGGUCAAUGUGAGAAGGUCAGGUUGCUCCUUGUAAAGCUACAUGAUACCACUUGCCCAUUUGAACAAGUUAAGUUAACUGCUAAAUCUGGUCCCUGCAGGCACUGAAAACUCAUCCUUUUAGCAGGCUGCAUUUGGUAAGAAAGUAGAACAAUUGUGCUGAAAGGAUUUCUGUGAUAUACCUAGGCACUUUUUAAGGACAGUUCCCACACCAGUAUAACAGGUGAUAUAUAUAGUUUAAGCUGAAAAACUUCAAGGUAAUAGCUGUUUUGACCUUCAAAAUAGACUCCCUUUUUUGUUUUUGUUGUUGGUAGGACCCAAGAGUGACGCCCAUCUUUGAUGCUGACAGAAUUUAAAACAAGGCCAUCGCCCUGUAUUUUCUGCCUUGUAGCACACAAAAGUAAAAUUGUAUGUCAGGCCGAGAUGUCGGGGAGCUGACAAGAUGCCCCAGUGACAUUUCAGCUAGAAAGAGCAAGUGUCUUGCAACCAAGUGGUCAAAUAUCAAAUAAUAGGUCAAGCAGGAAGGAACUGAGUUCUAACCACAAAGAGGUUUCUGGUAACUUACUUGACAAGCUUUUGGGCGCUUUGUGGCUUGACAAAGUGAUGUUCUGUUGGGUAUCACUAGACAGACUGUUCUUUAUUGCCUUCAGAAGAUCAGACAUUGACAUUGAUUAAACUCUUUAACCCUUAAAGGUUAAAUUCUCGCAGUUUGCAUCAAGGUAAAGUGAAGAACAAAAGAACAGUUAUAAUGUAUUUUUUUGCAUCAUUUUAACGUCCCAAUGAUAUUAACCUCUGAUGUGAACUGCAUUUUUUACAAAGAUUUUUUAUGCAAAAUCAGUAUUUUAAAAUUAUUUUUCCUUAUAGAUCCAUUAGAAAAAUAACAGUAUGAAAAAAAUAACAGUAUGUAUGAUGGAAUCUAUAUUGUCUUAUCUGUAUAGUGACAUUUGAUUAAAAUGUACUCAAGUCCCUGAUAAUUUUUUUUUGUUAGCCAUGGUAAAUAAAUUGUGUAUACAAGCAAUUUAUAUUGUUAGUCAAAUUAGCCAAGUGACAUAUAUUUUCCUGUAGUGUCUUCUGAGAUAACACAGUACUAUGAUUGUUAACUGCACACUGCAAUAUUAUUUCUUAUUUUAUUGAGCCAGUAUAAUCAGUUUCAUGUAAAUCUUUAGAAAGCUCUAUAUGGAAAGUUUUAUCUUUUACUGAAGUUCUCUUUUUCCUCUCCUUGGGAUUAUUUUUAUUAAUCAUUUGAGCUUUUACACAGUAUUCCCUGUAUAAUUUCAAAUGUACAAAAUUCAACUUAUAAACUUAUUGUAACACAGAAAAUGCUGAUUCUUUUUAUUAAGAUCAUAGAAUACAUCUCCUGUAAUUCCAUGCAGUGAUUAAAGGUAUUAUCCAUAUGGAAAUCUACAUACAGAUUUUUAGUUCAUGUGAUAUCACUAAACUCUCAAUACUUAUACUAUUGAAAAGCAUCUUGUAUAACCUACAUAUCUAUGUUUGUGUAUUUAAGUCCAUUUAUGUUGAGUCUGUAUCCAGGUUCAACUAAUUUAAGAGAACAAAACACUUUUGUAAACUACACUUUGGACAGAUCUUUGUCUUGCCUUAAUUUUAAAAUCUGCUAAUGGAAUAACAUCCAAAAUAAAAAUAAAUGUAUGUGUCUCUCCA